ACCCUGGUGCUGCCCCUUACCCUGGUGCUGCCCCUUACCCUGGUGCUGCCCCUUACCCUGGUGCUGCCCCUUACCCUGGUACUGCCCCUUACCCUGGUACUGCCCCUGACCCUGGUACUGGUUCUUAGUCCGGAGCUGUCCCUUAGUCCGGAACUCCUCCUGAAUGCAAUGGGGUUAAUGUGGAGGGGGGGUCGUUUGGAGGAAGCCUAGGAGGUGGUUAGGUACUGUGGUGACGUGGGGACUACGACCAGAGCCGGAGCCGCCACCGUGGAGGGGAGCCCACCCAGACCCUCCCCUAGACUGUGUAUGGUGCGCCCGGAGUUCGCGCCUCAAGGGGGGGGUUAUGUCACGCCCUGGCCUUAUUAUUCUUUGUUUUCUUUAUUAUUUUAGUUAGGUCAGGGUGUGACAUGGGGAAUGUUUAUGUUUUGUUGGUUUUGGGUGUUUAUUUGGUAAAGGGGUUAUGGGUUGUAGUGUAUGGUUUUGUGUUGAGUGUAGAUGUCUAGUAUUGUCUAUGGUGGUUAGUAUUCUAGGAGAGUCUAUGGUUACCCGAAUGAGUUCCCAAUUAGAGACAGCUGAUUUCGGUUGUCUCUGAUUGGGAGCCUUAUUUAGGGUAGCCAUAGGCUCUCAUUAGUUGUGGGUAUUUGUCUAUGUGAUACGUUUGUAGCCAGUGUGUGCACAUCGUUAUUUAGCUUCACGAUCGUUUUCUUGUUUUGUUUAUUUCGUAAGUGUGUUUGUUUCGUUUGCCUUCUUCUUAAAUAAAAAGGAGAUGGCUUAUUUUCCUAAAGCUGCGUUUUGGUCCGUCAAUCCUCCACACGAUCGUGACAAUUAGUAUACAAUUUACUCUAUCUACUAGUAACCCAAAACCUACACAGCAUAUUCUCCAGUGUUAAAAAAAGAAAUGAACACUGGGUGUUAAAUCAACACUUAAAGUGUUGAAUCUGUCGACCCAUAUAGACAACAGAACAGUGUUUCAUUAAUAUACCGCUUAGUGUAAAGCCUUGUUCAAAUAUUUCCCAGAGUGCCUUUCGAGUAAAUUGUACAGUUACCAUCUAUGCCUGUUUAGUACAGAGACCUGGUUGUUGCAUUUAUCAAUUUAUGGUCCUAUAAACUUCACCAAGUGAGAUCGUAAGCAAAUAUGUUAUCCUUAAAAAAAAAUAACUCAUACAGAUCACUUUGAACCAAUAUCACACCCUUCAUUAUGCCAUUUCCCAGCAUGCUCUAUUGCUUUGUUUCAAUAUCUGUUUGUGCAUGUACUUUGAUUCAUUGGUUAAUCAUAGAGCUUAAUAAUUGGUAAUGAUUUAAAUAGUCCCAAAUAGAUGGUUUGUAGAUGUUUAGUACUGUAAGUGUUCAACUAAUUGUCAAUAUUUCAACUAACUUUCCACCAACCCUAACCUUAACACUGCUAUCUCUAACCCUAAAGCUAGCCAUAACUGGAGCCAGCUGUUGUAACUCAGUUGCAUUUGGUAGUUUAGUAUCUGUAGAUUAGACUAUCCAAAUAAAGUGUAACCUAAUAAGGUUUAUUCAGUUCAAUUCAUGUCCUUUGUGACCUCCAUACUCUUGAUAAAACAUUUAUAUUUGAAGUGAAACAAAUCUUAUGAAAGACAGAAUUAUGAAUUCAAAAUAGUUUUUAAUAAGGUCAGUACACCCUCAUCUCAAAAAUCUCCUGUCAGCAACGUUUUUCUUGGACUUCCCCUAAAUGACACAGGAUGAGAGUGGGCACUGACAGGGGCAGGUUUUGGAAGGGGAACUCGAUGGUCUAUAUAAACACAUGGGCGACAUUCACUUGACAUCUGUUGGCGUGACUCUUCCUCCAACUGCAUCUCUACCUGAGCUUUUGAAGAACAGCGAAAACUGUUGACCCCUGCUUUCAACAUGUCUUCCUCUGCACGUUGUUUCGGGACCAACUUCCUUGGGCGCCUGGAAAGCCCCAUCUGUAGCUCCAACGCUGAGCAAGAUGACCACAGUCUUCCCAAAUUUGAUCACUUUGGGGAGGCUGUGCCAAUUCCCCAUGGCCCCUCCAGUGACGCCACCCUGGAAUGUGUGAGAGUGGACAUGAUGCAAAAUGAGAACAAGAGCGACCACCACUGUCACUUGUACGAAGGCAAAAACAACAUUCUCAUCGUCCGCAGGGCCCAAGAGUUUCAGAUGACCCUUCAGUUCAACCAGCCCGUAAAUCCCAGUGACACAUUCCAGGUUGAGUUUUACAUUGGUAUCAAUACCAACGUGUUGAAUGGCACAAAGAUCAUCAUCUCCUUUGACGGCUCACAAACUGGGAAUUGGACCGGCCGCAUGCUACAGCAACAAGGGGAUGUGUGCGUGGUGGGCAUCACCCCUUCUGCGGACGCCAUCAUCGGAAAGUACUACACGAAUGUGGCGGUCAUCGGUUCCAAUGGAGUUUCAAGGACACAAAAGGACUCUGGAACAGACUUCUAUCUCCUGUUCAACGCCUGGGCGGCCAAUGAUGAAGUGUACAUGCCCAAUGAGGAAGACAGGCAGGAGUAUGUGAUGAAUGAAAAUGGCUGCAUGUACCAGGAGGAAUCAGGUGUGGGAAGGCAAUGGUAUUAUGGUCAGUUUGUGGAAGGGAUUCUUGAUGCCUGUAUCAAAAUCUUGGAUGACUCACACAUGCCUCUAGUAAACAGAGGCGAUGCUGUCAAAGUCUGCAGGAUAGGCUCUGCAAUGAUGAACUCCCAGGAUGACCGCGGGGUCUUGGUGGGCAACUGGAGCGACGACUACUCCGGUGGCACUGCACCAACCUUCUGGAUUGGCAGUGACCAGAUCCUGCUCCAGUACGUCAACAAAGGACCCGUCAGCUUCGCCCAGUGCUGGGUCUACGCCGGGACGUUCAACACCUUCCUGCGGUGUCUGGGCAUCCCUGCCAGGGUGAUCACCAACUUCAACUCCGCCCACGACAACACAGGGAACAUAAUCACGGAUCUCGUCUUCAACUCAGUGGGAAAUGUACUUGAACUGAACGAGCGCCUUACCAGAGACUCAAUCUGGAACUACCACUGCUGGAACGAGGCUUACUUGUCCAGACUUGACCUCCCUGCACACCAGGACUUAGGUGGCUGGCAGGUGGUGGAUUCCACCCCCCAGGAAACCAGUGAUGGAUAUUUCCGCUGUGGACCUUGCUCUGUCAAAGCCAUCAAGGAAGGAAUGCUCGGCUAUCAAUUUGAUUCCCCGUUUGUGUUCGCUGAGGUGAAUAGCGACGUUUACAAAUACAAGCUAAAUACACAAACUGGGAAAACUGAGUUACUAAGCGUAGACACAACUUAUGUCGGCCAGAAACUCCUGACGAAGUCCAUUGGUGGAAACAAUUAUGAGCCAAGGGACAUUACAGAGACGUACAAAUACCCAGAAGGCAGUAGUAAAGAUAAGGAGACCAUGAAGAAUGCAGAGAGAACCUACAGGACGCAUAUGCAAUAUGACGAAGAGCAGGGCGUGGAGAUGACGCUGGAGAUCCCGCAGGAGCGUGUGAAGAUUGGCCAGAACUUCCAGAUGGCUGUGGUCUUCAGGAACCUGAGUGAAGACACACGCACCAUCCAUGGCUUCCUGGUCGGCUCCACCAUCUACUACACCAACAUCCAAAGGGCUCAGUUCAAGCAGGAAACCUUUGACGUCACUCUGCACCCCAUGGAGACGUCGAGGAUACAGGUGGGUGUGCUGGCCCAGAACUACAUGCCCCAGCUGGGUUGCCAAUCCAACCUCCGCCUUGUGGUGACGGCCAAGAGCAUGGAGAACAACCAGGACAUGAUGGCCAUACAGAUAGUGAACCUGAAAGGCCCCGAGCUGGCCUUUGCGAUCAGUGGACCAGCGAAGGUGAACCAGGAGGUAUAUGUCAAGGUGGAGUUCACCAACCCGUUCCCAUUCAGCCUGCAUGACGUGAGGAUGGCCAUGCAAGGGCAAAAUUUAAUCUCAUACCGGGAAAGGUUGUACAGUGAGAUCGCUACCGGCGCCUCCAUCACCUGGAUGGAGUCCUCUGUCCCUACGAGGUCUGGGAAUACAAUGAUCUAUGCUGUCUUGGACUGCUCGGUCCUCGGGAAUGUGCAAGGCAAUUGGGCCAUCAGCAUCCAGGCCUGAUCAUUGCCCAGGAAGCCCUUCCCACCUGCUAAUCACCUGCCAUCGACCAGAGAACCACGGAUGAAUAGAGGCUCUUGUGUAGAUUUGAAAGGAUUUGAUUGCUGGAUAAGCAAUUCCAUCUAGCCUAUGAGAGGGUGAGGGCGAGCAAAUAACAUACCCCUCACGGAAAAAACACAUGAUUCACAGGUGAAAUUUCCACCUGAGAAAUCAUGUGAAACCAUGUUUUUUUGGAACACUGAAGUUUACAUGUGGAUUUUACAUGUGAUCACAUAACCUUUCACGUGAAUAUUUUUCAAAUGAGAUUCCACAGAUGAUGCCCUGCAAACAAAAUUGAGUCGUUAGGAUACACACAAACAGUGCUUUUAACAUACAGUGUUUUCAACGCACAUAUUUGACACACAUGAUUACAUUGUGUAUGUAUAUUUAUACAGUAAUUAUUAUUCAACAUGUCCUCAGCUGGGUUUUGAACUCACAAACUCUUGGUUCACGGCAUCCCGACCUUCCUGCUACACCAUCAAGUCGGUGUCAAUUACAGAUUGAACCUGUAUUCCUACACUUUGGGUUUAAGUCAAGUAAAUAUCAGCUUUUUUUAAAUACACUACUAUAAAAAAACAUUAUAGUUAUCGUAGUGAUUCAGGAGUAACAUUAAAACAGAAUAAUAUCCACCACAAACAGUAGACAACUAUUCAGAAAACUAUACUUAUUCUGAAAUAACUGUAUGAAAUAUAUGGUGAGAGAAUAAUCGGAUUAACUAAAAUAGAAGUGCAGAUGGCACUCUUUUGCUAAGUGCAGACAGGUAUUAUAGGUAAUGAAUGUGUAAAAGGAAUGCUAUAGACUUUGAUGGGCAGCAGAAAGAUCAGCGUAACCCAGAAGUUGUACAUUCUAAUCCCAGGUGGGGUCAUAUUGAAAAGUCCCUACUAAGUGAUCAUGUCAAAUGUAAUCAUGUUGUCAUUGAUUAAAUAUUUUGUACACUAUUUUAGCUAAAUAGUGUACCAUUUACUUUAAAACCCAGAUAUCAUUUGAUUCCCUUGCACAAAAAUACAUGCAAAAUCACAGUAUCAUCACUUAAACUGCAUGUCGACUCUAAACAUCCUGUGUAAACUUGCAGUUUUUUCAUAAAAGUUAACCCUUCACUAGUGUUACCAAAGACUCUCAUGGACGAAAAACGUUCAAAAGUUAUGAUCUAUAUGGAUAUGAUGGAUAGAGUUUUUAAUGCAUUCUAAUUAGAUUACAUUUAUAUCUCAGGGAUUUAAUUUGGUUUCGAAUCAGCCGACUCAGAUUCGGUUUCUGUUAUUUUCGAUAUUACAAACCUUUGCUGACUGUAAAUUUCUCAUACAAUCAUGACCUUCAAUUUAAUCAACGGUCCAGUGUUAUCUGCAGUAGAUUUUAAUCAAGCAGAAAAGGUGCUGCAUUUACAGAAGCAAUGCGUAUUUGGGAAACAACGUGAAACAUUUUUCUUUGGACUGGGAUUUUGGUUGCCAAAACAUUGCACUUCACCCAACUAUUAACCUUCGAUAAGUCAUUUAAUUGUAUAAUGUAAAAAAUAAAAAAUAAAUCACAAUGUAAAGCCGUAUGUGGGCACCAUUCCUCAGUUAUUUUGUUUGAUAGGUUUUUGUAUAACGAGUAAUAUUGGAAAACCGUAAAUUUUGGCUUUGCAUCAAACUAAACAUUUUAAUUCACUGCCAUUAACUGUUUAUAACAUUUCAGCUGUGCACUGCUUUUGAUUAACAAUAAAAUCAUUUUCAAAAUCAA